GGGGGGAAUUUUAAACUACGCACAAGUAACCGCCAUGAACGCAUGCACACUGCUGACAAUCUUCACCACCACCGUCGUACUGGCUUUUCCGGCAGCCACCGCGCAAAUGACGCCGGUGCCAGGAGGCUGCACUGACUCUGCCGCGCCUAGCCUUCCGUACAUAUCAGAUAUCUGCUCGCUGGACUCGAUCUGUUCAGGUUCACCAACACUGCCACCGCUCAUUGCCGCCCCAAGGAAGCCCUCCCCUUCAGGUUCUUUUGAUGCACGGCGCCCACUUCGUCCCCCACGCCCUCCUCAGCUUCAUCCUCCACUGUCCACAACGAUCAGCAAGCCAUCUGCAUCAGACCGUAGUAACCAUCCAAAUAAUCCUUUUAGAACGUUAUUGAUGUAUGCAGUCGUAUAUUUCAUCAUCUUGAUUAGAAGAGUACCGUCCGCUAUACCUGCUGGAUACACAGAGCCGGCCACUGAGCCAUCUACAUCAGGCCACAUUAACAAUCCAUUUGCUUCUUUUUUCCGGUUACUGGUGUGUGGAAUCCUAUAUCACUUCAUCAGUCACCAGAAUAUAGCAGAAAUGGCUGCGAGCAGGUCCAGCGACCCCGCUGAGGCGCCGGAGAUAUAUGAGCAGACUCGCGUCACACCGGAACGCAAUCCUAACCAAGACCCUCUCAUUCAAGACAUCGACAAUCAGCCUAACCAAUCGAUUGGCUCAACCUCAACCAACCCAAACUCACCCCCCUCAUCCCCAUCCAAUCUUAAUCCCCCGUCUCCCAACUAUUUUGACCUACCUUCACCAGACUACGUUGGAGCGAUCCCUGAUUCACCUCAACCAUCACCACCGCCAUCACCCCCACCAGCACACCCGCUUAUCCAGUACGCGUACAGGAUAGGCUUCCAGAUUGGUUGCCCCCGGAGGCUCGUGCAAGACAUGUGUAUUUGGAAGACUUGUUGGAUUUCAUAUCAGAUGAGGGUAUAUGGAGGUAUUAUUGAAUAUAGCAGGUAUGGGACUUAAUCAGACAACAAUGCUUUUGUGUUUUUGUUUUCUGAACUGCAACUUCACUACACGAUAUGACAUAUGAAGGUAUAUGAGAUGUGAAUAAACAAUGUGCAACCAUACCUGCUAAUGAAUCAGUGCUAUGUUAGAGGUCUAA